AUGGCGCCCUCGUUGCUCGUCUCGGCGAGCCAAAUCCUCGCCGUUGCCGGCCGGGGAGGCCGUAGGCGGCGUCUGGUCAUCGCCAACUCCGGCGGUGCCGGCGCUCCCCCGAAGCUGGUGACUUUCCUCGGCAAGGGAGGCUCCGGCAAGACCACGGCGGCCGCCAUCGCCGCUCAGUAUUAUGCAAGUGAAGGCCUGAAGACAUGCCUGGUUAUACAGUCACAAGACCCGACAGCAGAGCAAUUGAUGGGCUGUAAGAUCGGGAACUCGCUCACAGAAUGUGCUGCUAAUCUUUCGACCAUUAAGCUUGAGACCAGUAAAAUGCUACUUGAGCCCCUUGACCGGUUGAAGAAAGUAGAUGCCCAGAGCAAUCUCACUCAAGGAGUUCUUGAGGGGAUUGUAGGGGAGGAACUUGGAGUCUUACCUGGAAUGGAUUCGAUCUGCUCAGUCUUGUCUCUUCAGAAGCUGCUCAACUUCUUUUCAGUUGGAACGAAUAGUCCACAGGGGGAAUUUGAUGUCGUAGUGUAUGACUGCAAUAAUACAGAGGAAUUUCUACGGCUCACUGGUGCUACUGAGAGGGCAAGAUCUUACUUGAAGUAUGUGAGGGAGCUAGCAGAGAAGACUGACAUAGGAAGACUGGCGUCGCCAUCGUUACUGAAACUGAUUUAUGAUGCCGCGAGACCAAGUGGUAGAACUGGUGAAGUAAGAAUGAGUGCAGAGAUAUGGAAUGAAAUCGAACAACUUCUUGAGAAAAUCUCGCUUUGGUUUGCUGAUCCCUCAAAACUUGCGUGCUUCCUCGUCAUGGACCCGAGAGGAUCAAUCUCGGUGUCCUCUGCGCUAAGAUACUGGGGUUGCACCAUCCAAGCUGGCGCGCAAAUAUGUGGAGCAUUUGGUUAUGCUGAAGACCCUUCUGAAAUGCACCAAGGAGUUGCUGAGAAGUUUUUGCCAUUGUCUUUCUCGUCUCUGCCAUUUGUACCAACUGAUUCUUCUGCGGAUUGGGGCAGAGCGUUAAAUUCAUUGAAUCAAAAUACAAAGGGGCUGUUGAGGAAUGCAAGCAAGGUUUAUCCUUCAGUUAGUUUUGAUUCUGCACAGAAGUCGGUGACCCUUUUCAUGCCAGGAUUUGACAAGUCUGAAAUCAAACUAUAUCAGUAUAGGGGCGGUUCGGAGCUACUGAUCGAAGCCGGCGACCAGAGGCGCGUAAUUAAGCUGCCACCGGCGAUGCAGGGGAAGGUCGGUGGCGCCAAGUUCGUCGACAGGAAUCUUGUCAUUACCAUCCGGUAG